AGUCAGUGCCCAUUUACCAAAUAGGUUAUCUCGUUUGCUAUUAACAUGGCAAACCCCCAGCAAACUGCCGAUAAUUAAAAUGAGACGAUGUUUUUGUCAAAAUAAGAAGGAAAAAAAACCUUAGCCAUGCGAUAAGUGCUAGAAUUUUUAUUUGAUACAAAAAAUGUAACAGGCCACAAAGUUCAUCCACUGGGAGAUCGGUCAUUUAUAAUUCAGCUGUUAGUUUGAUCGGUUGUGAGCGGUGUGAAUAAUAAUUGAAAAUAAAUUUUAAAAUUGUUGCAUUUGUGGAGUGUGUGAUAGCAAUAUUGUGUUCAAGAUGCAACGCUUAAAUUUGUUGAAGAAUUGUUAUGGUGGCAUGACGUUUGCUCAGACGAGAUAUUUAGCGACCGUGAAGGAUGUGUUUCCCAAUAAAAUCGACUUUCCCACCAGACACAUUGGUCCGAGAAAAACAGAAGUGGUGGCAAUGCUUGAUUUGUUGGGAUAUAAGUCAUUAGAUGAAUUAAGUGACAAGGCUGUGCCAAAAAAAAUCCAACUUCGCCGGGAAUUAGUGAUUGAAGAAGCGCUAAAUGAGCAUGAUCUUAUUGACCGAGUUCGUACAAUUGCACAACGAAAUGAAAUCUGGCGAUCGUAUAUAGGUAUGGGCUACCAUAACUGCUACGUGCCACACACAAUAAUGAGAAAUAUUUUCGAAAACCCGGGAUGGACCACUCAAUACACGCCAUACCAACCGGAAAUAGCUCAAGGUCGAUUAGAAUCACUGUUAAAUUAUCAAACAAUGGUAUCAGAAAUCACAGGGCUUGAUGUGGCCAAUGCGUCUCUUCUCGAUGAAGGCACGGCUGCCGCCGAAGCGAUGACAUUGUGUUGGAGGCACAAUAAACGUCCGAAAAUCUACCUUUCGGAAAAUAUUCACCCACAAACGUUGUCCGUAGUCCAAACGAGAGCCCAAGAUCUCGACAUUGAACUGGUCGUUGGACCGAUAGAUAAAGCAAAUCUGGGCAGCCGUGAAUACGCUGGAAUAUUACUUCAAUAUCCAGACACAUUCGGAGAUGUAAUAGAUUUUGCUGAUGUUUCCAAAGUGGCCAACAAAAACGGAACUUUGGUUGUUGUCGCAACAGAUUUACUAGCACUAACUCUAUUACGACCACCAGCUGAAUUCGGUGCAGACAUAGCCAUCGGUACUUCGCAGCGUCUGGGAGUUCCUCUUGGAUAUGGAGGACCUCAUGCGGGAUUUUUUGCUUGUAAACAAAAACUUGUAAGACUGAUGCCGGGACGCAUGGUUGGAAUAACCAGGGACAUGGAUGGCCAUGAUGCUUAUCGUUUGGCUCUGCAGACCCGUGAACAACAUAUUCGCAGAGAUAAGGCUACUAGUAACAUAUGUACGGCCCAAGCACUUCUAGCUAAUAUGUCGGCAAUGUAUGCUGUUUACCAUGGUUCUGAAGGCUUAAAGCAGAUCGCCAAUAAAAUCCAUCACUCCACUCUCACACUCAACGAAGCAUUACUGGAAGCUGGUCACAGGGUGCUCAAUAAAAACUUCUUUGACACCUUGCACGUGGACCCCGUGGGCAUUUCGUCUGAUGAAAUAAAAGAUCGUGCCGAGCGAAAGCAAAUAAAUUUCCGCUAUUUUAGCGACGGCACUAUUGGGAUCGCGCUGGACGAAACUGUAAAGACCAACGAUUUGGAAGAUCUUUUGGCCAUUUUUAACUGUAAAUCGGUGGCCGAAGUAUUGUCGUUGUCGGAUCUAACAAAAUAUUCCAUCGACAAAUCGACGUAUCGCAGAACGUCUUCGUUUUUAACGCAUCCCAUAUUUACCAAUCACCAUUCCGAAUCCAGAAUGGUGCGCUAUAUGAAGAAAUUGGAGAACAAGGACAUCUCGCUGGUGCAUUCAAUGAUUCCAUUGGGAUCGUGUACAAUGAAAUUGAAUUCGACCACCGAAAUGAUUCCGUGCAGUUUUCGACAUUUUACCGAAAUUCAUCCAUUUGCACCGAAAAGUCAAGCCAAAGGCUAUCAGCAAUUGUUCAAUGAACUGGAAAAGGAUCUGUGUGAGAUCACCGGCUACGAUCAGAUUUCAUUUCAACCGAACAGUGGGGCACAGGGCGAAUAUGCCGGACUACGUGCCAUUCGAGGAUAUCACAUUUCGUUGAAUCAGGGUCACCGUAACAUUUGCUUGAUUCCAAUCAGUGCACAUGGAACCAAUCCGGCAUCGGCUCAAAUGGCUGGCAUGAAGGUGGAACCGAUUCGAGUAAGCACAGCUGACGGAAACAUUGACAUGUACCACUUCAAGGAAAAAUUGGAAGAGCACAAAGACAAUCUAUCUUGUGUCAUGAUAACGUACCCAUCCACAAACGGAGUUUUUGAAGAAACCGUUGCCGAUAUUUGUGAUAUGGUACAUGCAAGUGGCGGUCAAGUGUAUCUCGAUGGCGCUAAUAUGAACGCACAGGUCGGUUUAUGUCGACCGGGUGAUUAUGGCAGCGAUGUGUCGCAUUUGAAUCUUCACAAAACUUUCUGCAUACCUCAUGGAGGCGGCGGUCCUGGAAUGGGACCAAUCGGCGUCAAAAAACAUUUAGCACCAUUCCUUCCCGGCCACCCAGUUAUUAAUCCAUUGGAAUUCCCUGACGCCAACAAUUCCAGUUACGGUGUUGUAAGCGCUGCCCCAUUCGGAUCCAGUGCCAUUUUGCCGAUCUCUUGGUCCUACAUUAAGUUGAUGGGAGGCCGCGGCUUGAAACGAGCUACACAGAUUGCAAUCCUAAAUGCCAACUACAUGUCGAAACGUUUGGAAAACCACUACAAAACGCUAUUUAAAGAUCCCGUUGCAGAUCUGGUUGCUCAUGAAUUCAUUUUGGACAUCAGAGAUUUAAAGAAAUUAGCGAACAUUGAAGCUGUCGACGUAGCCAAACGGUUAAUGGACUACGGUUUCCAUGCUCCAACAAUGUCAUGGCCAGUUGCUGGUACAUUGAUGAUUGAGCCCACCGAAUCCGAAGACAAGGAAGAACUGGACCGAUUCUGUGACGCAAUGAUAUCGAUUCGAAUGGAAGUGAAGGAAAUUGAAGAAGGCCGAAUGAGCAAAACUGUAAAUCCGUUGAAAAUGGCACCGCAUACACAGGAGCAAAUCAUAAGUAGUCCAUGGAAUCGGCCGUAUUCGAGGAAACAAGCCGCAUAUCCGGCAUCAUUUGUUAAGCCCGAUGCAAAAGUGUGGCCGACUGUUGGACGGAUAGACGAUGUCUUCGGUGACAAACAUCUUAUUUGCACAUGUCCACCAAUUCUUCCCGAUUUUAAUGCCGAUUGAUAUUACUACUACCUCAACUGUUAAUGUUUCCGUUUGAAAUAAAUGUGUCUCUAUAAACAACUCAUCCA